AUGGCCGAAGCAUGGAGCAAACAAAAUGGAUACCUUGUAGUGGCAUGCACUCUUUCUGACAAGAGUAGCUUUGAACACGACAACAUUAUUGCUGUGCAGUGUGACGUAACCCAGGACAACCAAGUGAAAGCAAUGAAAGAACAGGUGCAAUGUCUGCUAGAAGAAAGGAAUGCCGUGCUCUACUCUAUUGUCAACAAUGCUGGCAUCGCUGAUCCAGGCAACUUUUUGUUCCAUGACAGCGUGGAAAUUCCCAAGAAAGUCAUGGAAGUCAAUUACUUUGGUCAGUUGCGUGUUACACAAGCAUUGCUGCCUCUCAUGUUAAUGACUUCCAAGGUUGUCGGUGGCAAGAUCUUCAACAUGAGCAGUGUUUGUGGGGUCAGCUCAGGUGCCGGAAACGGGUCUUAUUCAGCCAGCAAAUUUGCUGUGGAAGCAUGGAGUGAUUCUCUGAGGCUUGAGUUGGAUCCAUUUGGCAUUCAGGUUGUCAAAAUCCGACCGGGUCAGAUAGCCACUGACAUACAAUCGGAUUGGAUUUCUCAUUUUGUCAAGAACUUCCAGGCCGCGCCAGCACAAAUCCAAAAACUUCAUGGCGGAUCAGUCUUUACUGACAAGAUGGAAGAGGGCGUCAAAUCCAUGGGUUCCCACGGUAGGCCAGAACUGGUUGUGGAUACCAUGACUGAGCUCUUGCUUCAAAACGACCACAAGAAGCUAGACUGCUCCUACUUUAUUGGCAGUGAUGCCAAGACCUUUUGGAGAGCUCUCUACGUUCUGCCUACCGCCGUUGUGCAUACACUCAAAAGGUCGGCAUUGACAAUUCAUCCACUUUUACCGGAGAUCCCCCCAGCUGGUGCAGUCGCUCACGUGACCAUCACUUGUCGUGAUCUGCGAAAGUCCCUCAUCUUCUACAAAGCGCUUGGAUUUGAGACGCUCGGCCCUGCUGAACACGGUUGCCAAUUCCUGCAAUUCAACCCUGCGAAAAACGGCAAGUGGGAAUCAAGGUUCCUUCUGAAAGAAGACAAGGACAUGCCUGAACGUCAGGCAUGUUCUGAUGCUGGCAUGACACGGAUUUGCAUGCUGACUAACUCGGUUGAUGCACACAUGAAGGAACUUGAGAAACAUGGAAUCAAGCCCAUAGCAUCACCAGCCAUUAGUGACGGUAUGAAACUCGUCGUCUACAACGAUCCUGAUGGAUUCACCGUUUACUUUGACGAGAUUGGAGGAUUGCUUGGCGCCAUCAUAGGCGCUCAGUUAUGGUGGAAGAAACGUCCCUAUCCCUUUGCCUUUCACUGGAGUAUGAACGUGACGGAUCACAAAAAGAUCUUGCCUAUGUUUGAGGAAAUGGGUUUCAAGACCAUGUCAGACCAAAACAAGGAUCAAGUCUUGAACGGUCUGCUACCCGCCUUUAAUAUUGAUCCAGGCACAACUGUGAUUGACUGGAUACGCCUGUGCUCGCACCCUAAAGGCGGUAUUGUGACCACGAUUAUGAAUUGGACGAACCCCCGAAGCAGCAUCAAUGAGGCGUCUGCGAACAAUGCAAUGACAAUCAGCGUCACCAAUGUUACGGAGGCCCUGGCCAAGGCCAAGAAGAUGGGAAUGUAUGUGGAAGAGGACAAGCCUACAUACCGAGAGAUCCCAAUCUAUGGCAAUGUGCAGAUUGCGACGGCAUACUUGGAAAAGGGCAGCUGUCCGGUUGAAUUUUGCUGCUUCACGAACCGAAAACUAUGCUGA